UCAUCUAUGGUAUUACACGUGAGGUCGACGUCUACGUUAAACAUAUAUUUAUAUCUAAGGGGCAAUCAGAUUUUUGUUGCCGGCGUGAGCGAACUCUCCGAGCGAUUGACAACUCGAAUUUCUUCUGAUUUCAUUAUUCCGUUGUACAAAUCAAACACCAAAUUUUGCAAUGGCUUGCCCACUUCUUAUGGAUAAGGUAUGGCUUGACAAAUACAAGUACGAUGACGCUGAGAAACAAUACUACGAACGUUUGGCCAAGGGUUCCCAAUGUUCGCUCGCUGGAGAGGUAGCUAAAGCUCGGCAACAUAUUAAAAAUUCAUUAGAAUGUAUGGAUGGUAUUGCAGCGAUGGCUUCUGCACCUAACACAGAAGUUUUGGGCAGAUUGACAAAUAUAGAAAAAGAAAAUAUUGCAUUAAGAACAGAGGUUAGUGAGUUGAGAAAACUUGUUGAUGGUUUAUUGUCACAAGUCAGUUCAAUGAGAAUAUCUGAACCAUUUGUUGCUGUCUGCCCUGCUAAACCUGCAACACCCGCUGCACCUGCAAAAGACGAUGAUGAUGAUGUCGAUCUAUUUGGAUCAGAUUCAGAGGAAGAGAGUGAAGCUAUUGCAAAGUUAAAGGAAGAAAGAUUAGCAGCAUAUAAUGCUAAAAAGUCUAAAAAGCCCACAUUAAUCGCAAAGUCAAACAUUAUAUUAGAUGUCAAACCAUGGGAUGAUGAGACAGACAUGAAAGAAAUGGAAAAGCAAGUCCGUGCAAUAAGUACUGAUGGAUUAUUAUGGGGAGCUGCUAAACUUGUGCCAUUAGCAUAUGGAAUUCAUAAACUACAAAUCUCUUGUGUUGUAGAAGAUGAUAAAGUUUCUAUUGACUGGCUUCAAGAGGAACUUGAGAAAAUUGAAGACUAUGUUCAAAGUGUUGAUAUAGCAGCAUUUAAUAAAGUUUAA